UAAACGAGAGUGGGGGAAGGACUUUUCACAUAAGAGAGUACGACGACCGACCAACGCACUAACAGACAAGAAAGAGGGUCUAAAACGUUCGAUCACUGGAGGCUAAUCGUGCGAUUGAACUACAGUAAUGGCCAAUAUACGGAACUUGAACAAAAAGCAGCCACUUUUCUUUUGUUUUUCUCAUCAUCAUCGAUUAAUCUAACGGUUUCAAUAAUUUUUGGGGUUUAAUCGAAUGGUUCAAGUUCAAACAUAAAAAAAAGUUCUUUUUUCAAACCUUAACUAUUUUGUCAUUGAAAGUCCUUUAGAUUCCUUUGGAUGACUUUGUAUGCAAGUUGCUGCGGAAAAAAAGAGUAAAGUGUAGAGGAAACUGCUAUGCAGCUUGACUCGGGAUUGUGAACCAGGUGAAGUAUUCGAUUUUACUUGAAUCAGAUCCCUUUCAUCCUUUAUUUAUUUUAUUAUUUUUGAUGUUUAUUCCCUCUAAAGAUUUUCUGGGCUUAUUUUCUCUAUUUUUUAUCUCAUUUUUGUCAGCUGGUUAAAAAAUCUAAAUCCGGGUCUUUAGUAUUUUGAUCUGCAAAGCAAUUGGAACUUUCAGGUAAGUGAUCCUUAGUCAUGCAUUCUCGAGUUUCAAAUCAUGAGGCUUCAAACAAACAAAUAGGUUGUAAAGGGGAAUUACGGAAAAUUCAAAAGAAAAAUAACAAAAAUAAGAGUGAAGCAAGAGAUCAGCAAUUAAAGAAGAAAGAAUUUCAGAGUUUAACGUCAGAGAAUGGUAAUUUGGAGGAACUCAUCGAAUGUUUAAUUGCUGGUUACCGGCAAGUUCCUGCAACUGAUCUUCAGAAACAAGAAAUUUCUGUUGAUCUAUCAUAUUCUCAUCCACAUUCUGAUGUCAAGGAUGAAGAACAAGGGAUGAAAUCUGAUGUGGAAGGAAAUGCUGAAGAGCUGGAUGGUUUAGAGCUUGAUGACUUACGGGAUGAUAAUCCAGAGAAUUCUCUGAUUAUCCAACCAAACACAAUUGCCAAGUUUCUUCUGAAAAUUGAUGAAGAUGUCGCAAGCAAUGUGGAUUUCUCGGAUUUCAUGAUUUGCUUCAAUGGGGAGCAAAAAACAAUUGGAAGAUACAGCUUUCCAAUAUCUUUGGUCCCUACUGUGGAAAGAAUCAUGAAUACUUAUGGUGAUGUCUCGGCUUCGAGUCCAAUGAACACUAAUAUUACUGGGAAAAUUUAUCUGCUUUUCUCUGCAGCAAUUAAAGAGAUGGAAGAUCUUGAACUCCAUCAAGUGACCGAGACAAAGAUGCUGAAAUGGAGGGAUGCUAUUAAGGAUGCUCUCCGCGUCAACUUCAAGGUGGAGUUUGCAAUGUCCCAUCUGAAGAAAAUUGCUCGAGCUUACUUUGGUGGCAUUGGAGAGCAAGUGUUGCUGACCAUCAACGAGAAAUUGAAUUCCUUGUACAAGGAACGUGAUAAGGCAUUGGAGGGUUUCAAGGAUUUUCUGGCUACUGCAAAGGACUUUGAUGGCCAGUCUGUGAGCACUGGUUUAUUCCCUUGACUUAUGCUGCACUUCUAGCUAUUUUAGGUGCGUUGGGUCAUUAACUUUUGGCCUUCCUUUUUUUUUUUUCUUUUUUAAUGAUUUGUGUGAUUAAUGGAUGGGAUUAUACACCUGAAAGGUUAACUGCUCUCAUCUGGGAGUCCAAUUGGAGGCAUCUUAUUGCAUCAAGAAUGUCGUUUUAUGCCUAAUCCAUUCCUAAAACGACAUUCUUGAUUCGGUUUGGUGCCUCUAGUUAUGGGAGUCUCAAAUGGAGCCAAAUUAAAACCUAUUUUUGAACCCUAACUUAAAAAACUAAAGUUUUUUAGGUUAAGGGAUCAAGAAUACGUUUUGUACCUCAGAUGAAAUACUCUUGUAUUGUAUGUUUGGUAUUUGCUAUAUAAACAAAGGCUGUGAUAUGUAAUAAUUAUAUGGUUUUGGAGUUUGCAAAAUGUAAGCAUUUUGCCCUAGUGUAAUUAGUAAUGGAUCCGAGAUGUUCAUGCAUGCUAGCUUUACUUGGAAAACCAAUAAAUUUUCUGGCUAUUAUUUUCCAUAAAA